AGACUUCACAUGUUAUACGGCUUGGCUUGAUGCUGCUUUUCACCUGGGCCGGCAUUGCUUUGGGCUCUGAGCUGCCACCCCAGGGACGUAUAAUCAAUGGCUCCAAGGUGGACAUCGCCCGUCAUCCGUAUUGCGUUUCGAUACGUUAUCGGCGCAGCAAUGAAUCCGCUUACUACCACGAAUGUGCGGGAGUCAUCUACACGGAUCGAGCAAUUGUGACUGCGGCUCAGUGCUUGCAAAAUGUGGAGAUGGGCACAAGACUGUGGGUAGUUGCUGGUGCCAAUACGCGAAAUGGCACCGAUGGACUAGUUUAUCCCGUCGCAAAAUGGGUAUUCCACCCAGAGUUUAGCCCAAUUACAGCGGACUACGACAUUGGGCUGAUCCUGCUGGAUACGCCUCUCGACCUGAGCAACUAUCGCAUUAGGAAGAUUGCGCUGCGUGCCGAGCGACCAGCAGCGGGACGAACUGCUACUGUCGCUGGCUGGGGCUAUCGCGAGGAAUGGGGUCCUUCUAGCUAUAAUCUGGAGCAGGUACACGUGCCUAUCGUUAGCUCUGAGCAAUGCAACGAUAUUUAUGGCAAGGGUGAGGUGACUGAGCGCAUGAUCUGCGCUGGCGAUGUGCUUCUAGGUGGACGCGACGCUUGCCAAGGCGACACCGGUGGUCCACUUAUUGUAGACGAGCAGCUAGUGGGCCUCGUAUCAUGGGGUCGCGGCUGUGGGCGUCCUGGCUAUCCCUCAGUUUACACCUAUGUCCCAAGCCUGAAGCCCUGGAUCGAUGAAAUGAUCGAGCUCGCCGGAGGGCUAUAAACCGAUGUACUGAUAUGCGCUAUAAAAAUGCUGAUCAAUACGAUACUUAUAUGACUUUCCAUU